CCAAGUGUUAUUAUUUAUGUCGUCUAUAGAAUAUGAAUAUAAUAUUAUAUUUCAAAUUUACCAUACCACAAUAAUAUUUUACCAGAUCUACGCUGACUGACGUUAGUCAAAUUCGAUUUUAGUGAAAAUCGCAAACGUCAAAAUCUAAAAUAUUAUUUAAUAUGCGUUAUCAAAAUCCAAAACGAUGUUAUUAUGAACUCUUAAGUCUUAAUCACAAACGUAUACGAUGUAUGUUAUUGUUAUUAAUACAAUAUUACAUCCACGACAGUCGCUACACAAUUAUCAUUGUGAUGUAUACAUCGGAUCGUCUCUGGUGUGACGAUAUUUCUAAAAGGAUUAAAAAUGAAAAUGAUUUAAUCUAGACUACGUAGGAGUGAUGUUCUGGUCACCGAGUCUUCACAAGUAUUUUGCGUAUGGGUAAAAUGUAAUACAUAACACCAGGUACGUAGAGACAACGCUUGUCACAUUUUUGCGUCUCUCUGUAGAUUUCGUACGUGAAUUUUUUUUUUUCAAUUUCGAGCAUCGAACGCGCGUUUAAACGCUCUGCGGGUAAUAUGACGCAUUAUAAGAAAUAUGCGUUGUACAAUAUUAUACCGCGACCGCCAAGAAUUCGGGUUCCAGAAAAUAUCCGAAAACCACGCCCUGCCGGCCAUCGACUUCCCCACCAUCGGUCCCAAACCGUCACUUCAAACACUCGCACUCGGCGCCCCGACGAUUACCCGCCCGUCGUCGCAUUCAGCCCGUGCGGGCGUCCGUUCGUCUCCAGGUUUCUGACGGCUCGGUCGGUCGUUCCCGCGUGCACUGCUUGAGCGGCCCGUACGUUUUAUGUUAUACCUACUCGUACAAUGGACCAACAAUACCCUCCGAAGACCCUGCGGUCGUCAUUUCGCCGCCAUCUCAUGUGCAGUUUGGUCUUGUGUUUGUGCGCUACGAAAACAUCGCUCGCGUCUCGUACGCGUUUACUCUUUCGUUUCGCGAAAUAAUAUUAUUGUUGUACAACGAUUAUAUUAGUACGCGCGCCGGAUCACGGUCAAUCGUCGUCUGCACGUCUUCGUGUUAACGACGAAUAGUGUACGGUUAGUCGGUUUGGAUGAACGGCUAAGUGCGCGUCACACAACGUCCGUUCGAUGUUCUGAAUCAUAUUAUAUCUAUAUCACUUAUUUUGUCGUCGAUUCGUUCGCAUCCGCGCACAUUCUUCUGCUACGACGUCAUCAGGCUCGUUAAAAUCUUUUUUUUUCAUCGUUAAUCAGAAACAAUGAUUGUUAUACUACUGUUGUUGACUAUACUACACACUGGAUUGGCGGCAAUCGCUGGAUACGAGGAAGUGGAAAACAGUUUUCUUACAAAAUUAGGUUUAAACCGAAGACCUGUGGUAGAGAAAAAUUUGAAGAUACCGUCUGCUACAAUGGACCUAUAUAAUUCAAUGUCAAAUGCGAUGACAACACAUUUUCCUCUUCCUGGUUUGCACACAACUUCCGCUAAUACUGCCAAGACAUAUUACAAUAAAGGUUCGGCUCCACUUAAUACUAAGUCUAAAAAAUAUAGGCUACAGUUUGAUAUAGAUUUUAUCCCGGAAAAAGAACAAAUAAAAGCUGCUGAAGUUCGUUUUACUAUGUUAAACAAUAAAGUUCAACGAAAUGAAGAAUUUAUUCAUGUUAUUAUACAUGAUAUAAUCCAACCUGGCACGAAAGGCGUAUCAAAACCAAUUCUCAGAAUUAUCGAUUCGAAAUCAAUUAAUAUGUCAAAAGUUUCAAAGUCAGAAAGUUUUGACGUAACACCUUUCAUAGAAAGACUGUCGAAGAAUAAGUUUAAAGAAAACCAUGGUAUACUAGUACAAUGCGUUACAUUGUCUGGUAGUCAGAUACGUUUGCUCAGCGUGUUUGAUUUUGUGUCACCUGAAAAGACUUUGCUACUUGUCUACACGGAUGACGGAACAAGUGAGAAGAGCACACUGGAACGAAUGAUGCGGCGCAGCAAACGGUCGGUCGGCCAUUCGCAGAAGAGAGCGAAAAAGAUCUGCCAGCGAUAUUCGAUGUAUGUGGACUUCAAGGAGGUUGGUUUCAAUGAUUGGAUCAAGGCGCCGCUGGGGUACGAAGCGUUCUACUGCCAGGGCAAGUGUUCAUUCCCGCUGGCCAGUCACAUUAACGCGUCCAACCACGCGGUCAUGCAGACGUUGAUGAACAACUACAACCCGGCGCUGGUUCCUCUGUCUUGCUGCGUACCGACCAAGCAGAGUUCGCAGACGUUGCUGUACGUGGACGUCGAUGGAAAGUUGGUGGUGAAAAACUAUCCGGACAUGUCCGUGGACGAGUGCGGGUGCAGAUAAGCUCAUCGCGUAUUUAUUAUAAUAUUAUGUCAAACCUGCGUAGCACUAGGUACUCAAUGGUAUCGCUGUAACUGUGUACCUCUAUGGUGUUGACUAACAUUUCUUAAAUACUACAUUUCCAGCUAUUUUAUUAAUUAUCAGUCAAUUAUUCACGCUCGUCUAGUUUGCUAAGCGCAUUUAUAUUAACGGCUACAAUGUUCGUGUUUACUUUGUGUCUAUAAUUAAGCAUAUUCGUUUCGAAAAACAAAAACACUAUAACGAUAGCCGUACGACCCAUCGUAUUUAUUUUGAAUAAUUCUUUGUUGGUAUUUAUCCAAACAAAUAAUUAUCGUUUAAACAUAUCGCGUAAAAAUUACCGAAAUAAAAAAAAAAAGUUAGUCGUUUCAUCAGACCACGCAAGGACAUAGGUAACCCCCCGAAAUUAAAGAUCAAACAAUUUUAAAAUAUAUAAUGUGAAUUACAUUUAAUGUAUAUCUAGACGAAAACCCCCUCCGAAAAUAUUUCCUGUUAAUUUGAGGAAUUUGAAGUAAAAGAAUACCUUUAAAGAGAGGAAAGAAAAAUACUGAUAUAUCUUUAGGUACUGCUUAGAUUUAUUUUAUUUUAACCCAUUAACGGCCAACAUAUUAAAUAUCAAGAAACCUACUAUUAUAAUGAUUGGUAUUUGCUAAGUAACGUAAUUUUAUAACGGGGAAAAAAAUAAUUUUUUUGGUCUACCCAGUUUUGCGUAAGAAAAUGUUGCGCUGACGCAACGUUGGCUUAAUGUGUAUUUAAAAAAUAACUAAAAACAACGAAUUUAUUCAAAAUGUUAAAUUAUUUAUUUAUUCUGAAUUAAUUAUACAUUUUUUUUUUUUUUUCUUUAUUAAUAAAUACACAAUCGGCACAAUAUGAGUAUGAGCUUUAGACAAUGGAGAUGAAAUUUUGAUUGAAGAAGCCACCCACCGAUGACACUUAAGUCUUUUAAUUAUAUUGUUGUAACUUUUUUUUUUUUUUUUUUGUUAGGGAUUAAUUAUACAUUUAAUAGUAUUAUUAUUAUAUUGAAAAAAAAAUGUAAGUUUACAAAAGUGUAUUACGUAGUUAUUAAAACAUGAACAAUAAAUAUUUGAAACUUUUUUUUACUUUUCAUGGAAAUCUUGAAAACAAUCUGGAUGUAGAAAAACAUUGCACUUUUUGCAUAAAUAAAUUGUUUGUGAUUGACAAUUGCGACAUCUUCUUCUUAUAUUUUUUCGAAUAAUGAGAUGACCAAUAUCGGCCUUUCUUAUAGCUGUAGGUAGAGCAUUUUUCGAAGGCCGACCCAAAUUUGUGUUGGUAAUGGAUACUGCAGACUCAUUGAUAGUUACUUCAUUUGAUUUUUCAGAUGAUGAUUUUAACAAACUCAAAACAAGUUUUGAUCUGUAGUCAAAUUGUGAACUUUUUUCACCAUUUACCAAAUUAUAAAAUUUCCAUGAAUUGUCCACUGCACUGUCUACUGCGUUGCUAAAAAGUGGCCACCACCAUUUUUUCCCUUUGACUCUAAUCCUGUAAUUUGCUAUAGCAUUAUCAUGCAGAUUAACGCCACCCAUGUUUUUAUUGUAAUCCUGAAUUACGU